AUGAACCCAUCCGCGGCAUUCCCAAAGGCCGCGGCCCUCCCCGCGCGUCUACUCCGGGCACAACCCCAAUGCUCGACACAGGCGAACCGUCCCUCUGCUUGUAGUGCGCCUCAGACACGAACUUAUCAUGUGGGAGCUUUUGCCUCUCCUGCUAGACGGCUGCGUGACAGCGCCUGUAGGAAGAAGGCUCCAUAUGUGAUCCUGGCCCGGCCCUUCCAAUCUACGGCGUUCCUUGCAAUUGCCGAUCCCUACAAAACCCUCGGAGUAGACAAAGGCGCCUCGGCAGGUGAUAUCAAGAAGGCAUACUACGGCUUAGCCAAGAAAUAUCACCCGGAUACCAACAAGGACCCGAACGCUAAAGAGAAAUUUGCUGAGGCUCAAUCUGCUUAUGAGUUAUUGUCGGAUGCCAAGAAGCGCGAGCAAUAUGAUCAAUUUGGAUCGUCCGCCUUUGACCAGAACGGCGGUUUCAACCCGAAUGCCGGAGGCAAUCCAUUCGCUGGUGCUGGAGGUUUCCACGGAUUUGGUGGAGGAUUUGGCGGUGGAGGAUUCGGAGGAGGCUUCUCGGGCGACAUUAACUUCGAGGAUCUAUUCGGUGCUUUCACUGGUGGUGCUCGUCGUGGCCCUCGUGGCCGACGCAACCCAUUCCAGGAGCAGAUCCUUGUCGGAGAGGAUAUCGAGGUUCAAAGUAACAUCUCCUUCAUGGAUUCUGCCAAGGGUAUCUCGCAGGAAAUCGUCAUUACUCCUUUGACGGAGUGUGGAACUUGUAAGGGUGAUGGGCUGAAGUCUGGCGCAAAACGGUCUCAGUGCAAGUCAUGCAACGGCUCUGGAACCCGUGUUCACUUCAUGCAGGGAGGCUUCCAGGUUGCUGCCACUUGCGAUGCCUGCGGAGGUGCGGGCAUGUCUGUACCCCGUGGAUCGGAGUGCGGUACCUGUAAAGGAGACGGUGUUGUCAGAGAACGCAAGACCUUGAAGGUGGACAUCCCCGCCGGUGUGGAAGAUGGCAUGCGGAUGAGAGUUUCGGGUGAAGGCGAUGCGCCUCCCACUGGAACAUCUGCUGCUCCUGGUGCCCGUACCCAGCGUGGUGAUCUCUAUCUCACGAUCCGUGUUGCUCCGGAUCGACGCUUCACCCGCAACGGAUCAGACAUCCUCCACACAGCUUCCAUCCCACUUACAACUGCUUUGCUGGGCGGUGAAGUUACUAUUCCCACUCUUGACAACGAAGUUAAGGUCAAGGUGGCUACCGGUACUGGUACCGGUGAUCGAAUCACCUUGUCUGGCAUGGGUAUGAAGAAAUUGGGAGGUGGCCGCUCUUCGCGAUUCAGCCCGACUGGUGAUCUGAAGGUUGAGUUCAAGGUUAAUAUGCCGAAGUACUUGACUGGUAACCAGCGAACAAUCCUGGAGGUUCUUGCCGACGAGAUGAACGACAAGACGGCUCGGCGAACUAUGAACUUCACCAAGGAUAGCCCUCCAAGUGGUACCAACAGUGACCAGAAGGGUGAAGGGUUUUUGAAGUCCGUGUGGCAUCGACUGAUGGACAAGGAGGGCGGUUCCACCAAGUCCGAGUCCAAGGACACCGAAGAUAAAAAGAACGAGAAGGAUGACUCGAAGAAGUCGAGUUAA